AUGGAAAGAAAACAAGACAAAACUUGGAAGGCUAUUCAAGAUAACGUCUCACAAGGACCCAUAGAUAACCCUUCUCACGGCAAUAACAAAGCACUUUCUCAAUUGAAAACGAUAAAAAAGGACGCUUUCACCCCAAAGACUCCAAUAGCUGAAGAUGAAGAAGGGAACAAAUAUCUCACGAAAUGGGUAUUUCACCCAGAGUCCAUGUUUCGUAUGGGCUGGGACUUUCUUGCAAUGCUGCUUAUUAUAUAUAUAUCGAUUUCAGUCCCUUUCAGAAUUUGUUUCGAUGUGGCGAUUUCUGGCUGGUGAGGAUAUUUUGAAUUUCCCUGCCAGAUGGCUACACAGGUUAAGGCUACUAAAUAGUCUUCUCUGGGCCAUCGGGGUACUCUACAGGUGGUGACUCUGACCUGGGUAGCUGAUCCAUUUGACAGGUAGUAAAGGUCGGAAAUCCCAAAUGGCGAUAUUUGUAGCCAAGGUGUGCGACAGCUAUUGGGUUUACAAUUUAAUUUAAUUUAUAGCUAUAAUCUUUAUGAUAGACAUUGCUUUCAGUUUUAAUACUGGGUUUUACUCAAGAGGAGCACUCAUUAUGAAUAGAAAAGAAAUUGCUAUAUUUUACCUCAAAGGAUGAUUUAUUGCUGAUCUAGCAUCAAGUAUACCAUAUACAUGGUUCACCAAUGGGGUUUUUGAACAAGGAGAUACAAGCUCCAGUGGAGGUGCAAGCUACAGCCAAGCCUCAAGACUUUUAAGAUUCGUGAAAAUUUUCAAAUUUCUGAGAAUUUUGAGGCUCGUGCGUAUAGCAAAACUCAAAAGAAUUUUGAUAAAAUUAGAAGAUUAUAUUGCAAGCAAUACAAUUGCCACCUUUUUCGUAUUUUUAAGACUUUUGGCAGUAGUCUUUUUUAUCGCCCACUGGACAGCUUGCUGGUGGUAUAGUGCUUUCCCGAGGAUGGCGCGGAAUGGCGCCAUCCUCGGGAAAGUCAACUAAGCAUCCACACGGGAACUGGGAGUUCCACGUGUGGAUGCCAUUUUUGACAUGUGGGAUCCAAACUUCCACAUGUCAAAAUGGCAUCCACACGUGGAACUCCCAGUUCCCGUGUGGAUGCCUUCCUGGCUUUCCCGAGGAUGGCGCCAUUCCGCGCCAUCCUCGGGAAAAGCGCUAUAUUUUUUAGGCGCCUACAACAUGUCAGAUCAUCCUCAAACUUGGGUAACGGCAGCAAAAAUCGACAAUUCCCCCAAUUUUGACAAAUACAUUACCUCUCUUUAUUGAGCCUUUACAACAAUGACCACAGUAGGCUAUGGAGAUAUAGUCCCACUUACAGUAGGAGAAAAAAUUUAUGCGAUGUUUUCUAUGAUAGUCGCCUGUGGUGUUUUUGCAUAUACAGUAGGUAGUAUUGGCUCUUUAGUCAGCAAGCAGAAUGCAGUAGAAAACGCUUAUAGAGAACAAGUGGUUGCUGUAAACCGAUAUAUGAGGAAAAAAGAUUUGCCUCAUGAUCUUCAGUUUAGAGUUAGAAGAUAUCUAGAAUAUAUAUGGGAAAAUAAAAAGAAAAAUAAUUUAGACGAAAAACAGAUUUUGUCACUGUUAUCAGAGCCGCUUAGAGAUGAAAUUUAUGCACAUAUUCAUGGUGUUAUUAUAAAACUUUGCCCAAUUUUUGAAAAAUAUGAGGCACAUUUUAUUUCUCAACUGACAAGAGCACUGGAAAGCGAGACAUAUGCCCCUGGAGACACGGUUAUUGAAGAAGGGGAAAUGAGCUCAAAAAUGUAUUUUAUUCAGAACGGGAGGGUUGAUAUUUACCAUCAUCAAACCAAAUCGACCUUUAAAGAGCUAGGACCUGGCGAAUAUUUUGGAGAAAUCGCAUUUUUCACUGAAAAGCCUAGGUGUGCUUCAGCUAAAUGUUUGGAUUUCGUUGACUUAUUAAGCUUGUCCAGGACAAAUAUGAAUAUGCUGCUCGAAAAGUUCCCAGAAGCAAAAGAUUCCACAGAGGCGAUGUCGAAAAAAUGUGAAGACGGUGACUAUUCUUCAUUACUAGUCAAAUGCUAUAUAUGUCAUGAGCUUGGACACGUGUCUGUUAGAUGUAAAAAAAUAUUGCUGAACCUUGAUCAUGAAGAAACAAAGAAAAAAUGGCUUGAAAAGAGGGGAGCUCCAGAAACCAAAUACGUCAAUGCUCAUGAAGAUGCAGAGCCAAACUAUCAUAGAGUUCCCAAAGGUAUGGGUUCUAUACAUUAUAAUUCUAGAAACAUAGUUGGAGUCCCAAGGCCUACCAUAAAAAUGUUCCCUAAGGAUCCACAAAUGUACCCAAAAAUCAAAGGAUACUUGGAAAAAUAUAUACAAGGGCCUAAUGGAGCAUCUAGUUCUAGCACAAGUGCAAACUCUGGCUACGAAAAUCAACAGCCAGGAAAUGAAUCUUUUGCUAGAAAAGCCCAGCCAAGAUAUACGAUGUUUUAUUUGGAUAGUGAAGGAAAUGAAGAUAGAGAAGAUAUAGAAGAAGAGGAUGAAGAAGAGCAGGCAAGAAGCAAAAAAUUCAGAAUGUCAUUGGUAGACCAAGGAAAAUUCCCUGAUCCGCAGCCAGAACAGCAGCAAGAAAAAAUUGAGCCUAAAAUUGUAACUCAAGAAGAGCCAAUCCCACCAAAAAAGGCAUCUAAUAAAAUCCUUCCAUUAAUAGAAUUUCCAUCAACUGAAGAAACACCAAUGAAUAGGAUGCCUGCAAAUACCCCUGAAAGCCAACUUUCGGAAGAAGAUGAAUAA